AGUUGAUAGACAACUAUUGUUUGGAAAUGUAGAUUGUUAGUUAUAAUGAUAAAGGUACCAAAUCCGCGUGUAUUCUUUGAUAUAUCAAUAGGUGGCCGAAAUUGUGGCCGUAUGGUAUUUGAGCUUUUUAUGGAUAAACUACCAUAUACAUGUGAAAACUUUCGCUGUUUGUGUACAGGUGAAACCGGCCUAGGAUAUUACCUACGCCCUAGGUGGUACAAGUUUACUCCAAUUCAUCGCAUAGUUUCGGGAUUUAUCUGCCAAGGUGGCAAUUUCAAUACGGGAAAUUCUUAUGGAGGAGAAUCUAUCUACGGUCAAUAUAUGCGCGAUGAAUCAUACGCAUACACACAUUCCAAGAGGGGUGUUUUGGGAAUGUGUAAGACUAGAUAUAAAAAUUCCAACGGAUCGCAGUUUUAUAUUACUUUUAAGCCAUGUUCUUUUUUGGAUAAUAAGAUGGUGGUGUUUGGUCAUUUAGAAUAUGGAGAAGAAGUCUUGAGUGCCAUAGAGAAGCAGGGAACUAUUUUGGGCCAUCCUAAGCGCCAUGUGAAGAUCUUCAAUUGCGGAGAAAUACCAUUAGACACUAUCUAUGAUCCUAACAUAGGUAAUGUGGUACAUAACCCUAAGUUUAUCGCAAGAACGGAUAUAGAAAAGCCAUUGUUUCAGGAAGAUCAAUAUAAUCUGGAGCAGUCAUACAAGCGGAUUAUACCUGAUGAAAUUUACAAACGCGCUAACUUUGGCUUUUAA